ACCGAGUUAAUAUCUAGUCUAGCCUAAAAUCACAACCCUUAACCACGUCAGUGAACUGGUCCAAUUCUAAGUCCACCGAUCUGAAAACCCAAAAGGGUAGUAUUUCUACAUGAUGUAACACACCUGGGUUUUUGCUAAUUCUUGCUAAAGUUUUCUUUUUCUUUUAUUUUCAUCACUUCUUGAAAAAAAAAAGCAAUUACCCUUUUAAUUUCAUUGUUAUUUGUAUUCUUGGGAAACAAACUUUUCUCCAAAAAUCUUUAAAGAAUGGCUACUGUUGCAAACCAUAGAAGUGUUAGAGAUAUUAUUUGUGAUGCUGGUGCUGGUGCCUCUGCAGGUGCUAUUGCUGCUACAUUUAUGUGUCCAUUGGAUGUUAUUAAGACAAGACUAAUAAUUCAUGGUCUGCCUCAGAUGUCUCAGUCUGGUCGUCAAGGUAGCGUCAUUGUCACAAGCUUACAAAAUAUACUAAGAACUGAAGGUUUCAGGGGACUUUAUCGAGGCCUUUCACCAACAUUAGCAGCUCUUCUUCCAAACUGGGCGGUGUACUUUACAGUUUAUGGACAUCUCAAGGAUUCAUUGCAUUCUCAUGUGGAUAGCUGUGGGCAGCUUACAAUUGGUGCAAACAUGAUUGCUGCUGCAGGAGCGGGGGCCGCAACAGCCAUUACUACAAAUCCAUUGUGGGUUGUUAAGACCCGUCUCCAAACACAGGGAAUAAGGGAGGGUGUAGUUCCUUAUAAAGGUAUAUUGUCUGCUUUAAUACGAAUAGCACAUGAAGAAGGGAUCCGAGGAUGGUACAGUGGCCUCUUGCCUUCUUUGGCUGGGAUAAGUCAUGUUGCUAUCCAAUUUCCAGCAUAUGAAAAGCUGAAAUCAUACUUAGCAAAAAGGGCCAAUAAGCAAACCAAUGAACUGAGCCCUGGUGAAGUAGCGAUCGCCUCUUCGAUGGCCAAAGUAGUUGCCUCUGUAAUGACUUAUCCACACGAGGUCGUGCGUUCUAAACUACAAGAACAAGGGCAAGUAAGAAACUCGGAGAAAGCAUAUAAUGGGGUUGUUGAUUGUGUAAAGAAGAUCUUCAGA